CUUUACACGGUGAGCAAUCGAUGGGAUAAAUUUUUUUUUUUAUGUAUUUUAUUACAAGUGUAUACGCGCUGAAUAAAGUUUACUAAUUAAUAAUUACAUCGGAUAAAUCGUCAAGGCAAUCAAACGAUUGACGAAAAUAAUCAACACAAUUAUAAAACAAAAAGACUGAUUAAAAGGUGUAAUCUCGGUGCGUAGUAAAUUUUAUUAUCUCGGCAGCGUAAAAUUUUUUAAAUAUCAAUUUUCGUAUAUUAUCGAAUGGUGAUUUUGGAAAAGAUAAACGUUGCAACGGUUAACAAUAAAAUUUUACGAGCUGUCGUUGCUUAGAAUAUUUUUAUUCAAAUUCAGCGUGAAAGGUGAAUAAAUUGAAGUAAAAGAAAACUUAAUCAUGACGCGACGAAACGUCGUCCGCAUCCAAAUGUGUCGUUGUAAAGAUGUUUGUAUAUAAACUGCGUAUCGAGGAAACGAAUUUCAGCGAGAAUUGAACAACUAAAAGUAAACUUCAAUGAAACUUGACGAUUUUUUAGCUGUGUUAAACAGAAAAAAUGUAAUAUUCGUAAUUUUACUUUUGUUUGUCGUCUAUAUUCACGUGUUUCUAAAACCGGUGAGAGGAAACAGCGAUAAACAAUAUUACAACGAAUUUCGCGUGUUAUAUUAAAAAAAAAAAAAAAACACGAAGAAGGUUCGAGAAAAAUAAGAAAAGAAACUUGUUCGACGCAUCUGCAAGAAAAUUGCGCCUCAUCGAACAGAAAAUCACAAAUAAAAAGUAAAAUAUGCAAAACUGUGCGUUAUAACAACUUUCGUCAAUAAUGUGGAGAUCAUUCGUUGUUCUGUUCAUCGUUACAACAAACUUGUGCAAUUUUCUGGAUACCUACAAAAUUACCACCGACGAAACUUCGAGAACGGCGAUAGAGGCUUACGAACGACAGGGCUCUGACCUGCAGGACGAAUACCUGGAUGAGAAUUAUUCGAGUGAAGAUUCGGGUCGGGUGGUAAUUGGAAAGUGGCGGAAUAAUGGUGAAGCAUUGGAGCCAAAAUGGCGAGAUGGAGAUUCUGUGCCGCUGGCACCGUUUUCAACGAUAUCGUUUGCAAGCGGAUGGCGAGAAGAACCCGACAGCGUAAUUAAAUACGAAGAAAACGAACCGGUGUCUGUGAGUUUUGACUCAAGAGGUGGAAUAAAAGAUAUCGACAACGCCGGAGAAGGAUCAUCGCGAGAGGAGAAAACUUACAUCGGUAUCAGGGGCGCGUACAGGAAGCCAAAGUCGCGUGAACACAGAAAUUACCAUCGCACUACCGAGAUUUACUCAGCCGUGCGUAGAGACGGGGGUGAAAAAUUAUCGGAGACGUUCGGAAGCCGCGAAGAUACGAGGAAACAUCCGGACACCGUCGACGAUGUCGAUAAUGUAGGGAACGCUAAAAAGGCGGAAAAGUAUCGCGAGACCUUGCAAAAUUACACCAACCAAUACGAGCUCUUCGAUGACGGCGAAAACGACGAUCCCAGACCCAGGAAACGGAGGCCGCCCGGAAGCCACGAGUUUCCGGGAUCCUGGAACGCGAUGGACAGAAAAAAAGAAGCGUCAGAGCUCGCCGAAAGGGGCGGAGAAAGUGAAAGGGAAUCAUCGCGGGAAAGUGUGGAUUUGAAGGCGUUUUUGAAAAUGCAAGGGAACAAUCUGAGCCUCUCCGAAAUUUUACAGGAGAAGAAUUUAACUCUUUCUGAUAUCUUAACAGGCAAGCCGGACGCCAUUAGAAUUUUGAAGUCAAAUGAGAGGCGGGAAGGACCCGGAAACAAAGAAGACGAAAACUCCGGGGAACAAUCGACUUCUACCCAAUUACCGUUCAGGAAUUUGCUUGUAUUUCGCAAUUCGUCGAAUUAUGAAAAUGUUGGACGAUGGUCACUCAGUCGAAAAAUUAUACCGACGACGAAGAGCGACGAGAGUUCAAGUUUCGAGGAUCUGAACGUCGGUUUAACGAGCGUAAAACUCGAGUCGAGGGUUCCUCCGGCAUUGAAUAUCAGUGAAUCGUACUCGGACUGGUUUUCACCGGAAACUGCUAAGAACGCGAGCAAGGUAUCUUCCGACAAUGACAGGAGACUGUCGAAUUUAACACUUGUAGAAAAUGAGGCCGGGAACUUGAAAGAGCAGUUCAUCGAUUCCGAUAACAAGAGUUUGUCGGUCGAGACAACAACUGUUUUCGAAGAUGGUAUCGAGGCUCAUCGACAACUCGUUGUGAACUCCGAAGGCAAAAGAUUUCUACCGGAAACUGACGACGAGGAUGAAAUUAUGGAAUUUUCUGAUUACCCAUCAAAGAUGCCCAAGUUUAUUCCAACCGUUUAUGAUACCGCGGUGCGAAAUUCCAAAAGAAAACAUAUUCUCCAUGGUGCCAUACAAAUGAACAACCCUCGGACAAAAGCGGAAGCAAAACUGAGUGCUGAACAAGUUGUGCCUCUGGAGACAACCGUGCCAACGAUUAUCAGCGAAACUGGAAUAAAAAUUGUGAAUAGCACAGAAACGGAAGAUAGUGGUAUUACAAAGAAGCCACCAAACGAAGUAUUGGAAAACCUCAGAAAUCAGACUGGACAGAUAGAAUUGGGUGAAAAAGUUUUAAACACGAAUUCAAACUCAUCGGAAGGCAGAAUUCUACUCAACAUGAGUGUCGAGGGGUCUUAUCUACGUAAUGACGAGAAAAAUUUCACCUUCAAUCAAAAAUUGCACGAGGUUGUUAUACCCAGAGUAGACCCCCAAUCUCGUGCAGAGAUAUUGGAGCUUUUCAGUUCUGGAUCUAGCGCCGAGCGAUUAGAACGGUUGCUAGCUUCCAGAAACAUGAGCGUAGAAGAAUUGAUUGCUCUAAGACAGAGGGGAUCGAGCCAAGUGCAUUUUGCUGAAGUAUUCAGAGCGAAAGAACAGAGUUCAAUGUCGUCGUCUCAUAAUCACAAAACCAAUCAUGAAUACCGAGAGGAGGUGGAAAAGAUUCGACCGACUAAUGAACAGAAAAUAAAAGAAAAGGUGAACAAGAGCGCUGAUGAAGUUCUGGAAGCAUCUAAAGAUAGUAACGUCCUAUCGGACGGCCAGAGUAUAAAUGUGAAAUUGGAAAGUACAGAGAAAUUAACAAUGCCGCAAGAUAAAUCAGAGGAUCGAGAUAAGGCUGAAGAAAAUUUUGGUAUUGAGACCGAAUAUUUGGCCACAGAUUUGAUCAACUUAUUUUCUCAAAGCAAAAAUAUUAAGAAGAAUAUUUCAGAUUUUGAUAAAGACGUCUCUGACUCCGAUAACACUGUGAAAAGUCCUAGUGUAAGAUCGGAAGAGGUUGGGAUAAGGAUGGGACCCAGAACAGGAGGAGAUUUCAAAGGGGUUACGACGAAUUUGGAUUCGACAGCGACGGUUAAUUCGAUGAUGGCGAAUAAAAAUGUUCAGAGAGACUCGGAAGGAUCAUCAUACUAUACAAGUAUCGAAGCAGUAAAAGUGCCGGUUCUGGAUGGAGGGGUACAAGAAGUGGAAACUGUGUUCGAGGGAGAGAAAAAACCGCCAAUGAAUUUGGUAGAUUUGGAAGAGAUUGGACGUGUCGAAGAAAUACUGAAAAAUGAUAUAGAUUCGUUGAAAAAUUUGUAUGGAAUCAGCGGUUACGAGUAUCCAGAAAAGAAAUCGAUUUCAAAAGUAAAGCCGAGCAUAAUAGCAAGCGGCGGUAUACUGGGGGUGACCAUCGUCGUAUUUUUAUCAAUAUUUAUCGCGUGCAGAAUUAAACAAAAAAAGAAAUUCACCUAUAGAAACUCGUUCGCGAAGGCUGUAUUCCACAACCCAGGAGUAACCGCUAGAAAACUGUCAAACACCAGCAGCAUUAAUACGAUAAUGGUUGACGUUGUUGCAACAUCAACGGCAAAGAGACCCCAAAAACCGUAUAGCGAUUUUGAGAACAAUGGUUUCGAACCAAAAACAGAUAUCGAUAAUGACUCACUCGAUGCCAAUGACAGCUGGGAAACAAUACCUGAUUUCAUGAAGUAAUAAAACGGCAUAGUUCCCAGGAUUUCAUUAAUACACUAUCGGUGUGCCAAGAAACAUGUCAAGUGGUUUCACGUUCACCUGAAAGACAUGAUAAUUUUGAAGGACUGGUUUGUCAAACAAGGUUUCCGGCAUUGUCGUUCGAAUAUAGCAAUCUUGAGAAUUAUUUCAAGUAUAUUUAGUUGAAGGCAGUUCCACUAGCGCAUAGUCCUAAUGUUGAAGUCAUAGUUUUGAUAUUUCAUUAAAAUGGUUUAAAAUGAUACCAUUGUUCAGUUGAAUCGAUGGUAUCGAUAUGAUAUAUUUUGAAUAUAAUCUUAAAUAUAAUAACUGUUUAUUAAAUAAAUGAACAAGAAGCAUCGUACUGUUCGUGCCAUUGGUUUGGCCUUGAGAUACAUUAUUGUAAAAUAUUCAUAUGAAAUACUUGAAAGGUUUCUAGCGAACCCUGCGACUGAAAUCUCACAUAAUAUACUUUUACUUUGCGCAUUUGAUGUAACGCGUCAUCGACUUUCAGUGCGGCUUAAUUAUAGGCAAUAUUAAUAAAAAAACACUAGUGAACUGCCAUAAUAAGACUGCAAGAAGACAAGAGAUUUCCGAGAAAAACCAGUUCUCAAAAAAUAUCCUGUUUCAAGAUGCAUCUACUGCCUUAACCCUCCAUUGGCCAUUAUCAUUAAAAUAUUUUAUUAUUCUGACUGUCAGAAUAUCAAAAAGAAAUCUCAAUUUAGUAACCUACAUUUUUUUAGAAUUUUUACUCAUCCCUAAGUGGGUAAAAAACAGCCUCGAACGAAUUGUUCUUAGAUGGCCAACGACGUAAGUGUAAAUAUAGGUGAGCAACGAAGGGUUAAAGUGAAGUAUUCUCCUAGUAGCUAUUAUGAGAGUAAUAAAUGAUUAUUAAUAAUUUUACACUAUUCAUAUCUUGGUCGAUAUUCUACCCAUUUUCGUUCAAUUCCUAAACAUAAUUCAGUCUUUUAUUGGACCCCCCCAGCCCCAGGAAAAAAAAUGAUAAAUCUGGUUAUAGAUUUAAAAGAACAAAGUGGUAGAACAAAGUUCAGAAUGUCUUUGUCUUUCAAUGCCAUGUAUGACUAUCACCAUGUCCGUCACAUACGUUAACAAUAACAAAAAUUUUUUAUUAAAUUAUGAUGAUUUUGACUAUUUGUAAUAUUUUUUAAAUAUACGCGCAUAUCAAUGUAUACCUACUACACCAACUAUAUUAUAUAUAUAUAAUCUCUAAGUACCUUAAAUACCUGUAAAAAUACUCUUUGUCAUUGUAUAGUUAGUUGUUGUAUAUUUAUUCUUAAAGUUUCAAUAUAAUAAGAAGCAAUUUUGCAAGUGACAUCUAUAUGUGUUUAGAUAAUCUUUUGACAAGGUUUGUUUUCAGAUAAAGAGAGGUUCUUAUCAAGACACUUCAGUCCUGACUCAAGGCUCAAAGUAUGUGCAAUGAGA